AUGAAAUUUGUAGGUUUUAAUACCAAAACUUUUGUGAAUUUCUUCGCUGGAGUGGAUGAAAAAUCAGAUGCCUCCGAUUGGUAUUUCACAGGAAAAAUCAUUUUCCGUAAAAACAAUUUCAAAGAAAUAAAAAGAUCAAAAAAGGGUAGUGGUGUUAGCCUACUCAAAAAGAUAAAAGAAUAUAUCGGUAUAAAUUGUUAUAUACCGAGCGAUGGAUGCUGCUUUGUAAAGUGCGUAAAUUAUGUUUUGAACAAAGACUACACGAGAGAAUUUCAAGAUUUCAUCAACAGUUUUCAAAAAUCAAACAGAAAAGGAGUUAUGACAUCUGCUAGAAUUUGCGAAUUCAAUAAGAAAUUUAAUACUAAUUUUCAAAUAUAUAUGCCCAAACAUAGACAUUUUCAACCAAAGAAAGUAACCGAAGAAUUAGAUUGGGUUUUUUAUAUACACAUAGAACAUUUCUGUUUGAUAAGAAGAAAUAACAAAGCUUUGGGCAUUAAAGAAAUAGAAGAUAAUUACGAUGAAAACGUAUGGAGAACUUGUGAAGAUGAUAAUGCGGUAACGCAAGUUUCACUUCUAAAACUAAACGUUUUUCCAACCAUUCCCGAUUAUUGUUUAUACGCAUGGGAUUGCGAAACCUAUUGCGAAAAAGAAACGAAUAAAGCCAUUCCUUAUUGUUGUACUUUAGUCAAUUUGGAAAAACUGAGGAAAAGAUUAGAUGAUUAUAAUAAUUACUUACGUGAUUUAAGUGAUUUAAAUGAGACUCUAGAUUUUAAGCCGUCAGAUCCCAUUUCAGAAGAAUUUUACAACAAACUCAUGACUAAUAUAGUAGAAAUAUUUGUAGGUACAGAUUGUAUAGAUCAAAUGUUACAACGUUUAGGAAAAGUAGAUGAGAAAAGACUAACCUUAAUUUCCCAUAACGGCAGUGGUUUUGAUAACUGGAUCAUGAUCAAAAACGUAAAAAAACUAACACAAUGCCCUUUAAAAACAGCUAGAGGAAUUCUGUCUCUACCUUUAACUAAUUCAUUCACUGAUGAAUAUUUACAGAAAAAAUGGAAAAGACAGAAAGAAAUAAAGGGUAACUCUAAUUAUUUGCAAAAUAUUAAUUUCACAUAUUCCUAUCAACACGAAUCAUCUAGUUUGGCAGCAUGGGGAAAAUCAUCUAAUCUACCAAUGAAUUUGAGAAAAAUCGAGGAUGUUAAUAUUGCAAAAUACACUAAAGAUAAUUGGGAAUCUUUAAGACCCGAAUGGGAACCUUACGCUUAA